CCCGCGGGGGCGGGGGGGCGUGUGAACCUCUAAACCCCGCGCCUCCCCCUCCUGGGGCUGCUGAGUGGCGAUUCAAACCCACGAGCCGCUCGGCAGGAGGACAACGAGGCUUCCUACUUGCAAAGCCAAGAAGAAACCCCACAAAGCCCAGGAGUCCCAUGGCCUCCACCUCCCGUCGCCAACGCCGAGAGCGUCGCUUCCGUCGUUACUUGUCUGCAGGACGGCUGGUCCGGGCCCAGGCCCUCCUCCAGAGACACCCAGGUCUUGAUGUAGACGCUGGGCAGCCCCCCCCACUGCACCGGGCCUGUGCCCGCCACGACGCGCCAGCUCUGUGCUUGCUGCUUCGGCUGGGGGCUGACCCUGCCCACCAGGACCGCCAUGGGGACACAGCACUGCACGCUGCUGCCCGCCAGGGCCCUGAGGCCUACACGGACUUCUUCCUGCCCCUGCUGAGCCGCUGCCCUUCUGCCAUGGGAAUAAAGAACAAGGACGGGGAGACCCCUGGGCAGAUUCUGGGCUGGGGGCCCCCCUGGGAUUCUGCUGAAGAAGAAGCAGAAGAUGACGAGGCUUCCAAAGAGCAGGCAUGGACGGAAAAGCUGCAGGGCGAGCUGGAGGCCGAGUGGCAGGAAGUCAUCGGGAGAUUCGAAGAUGACGCCUCCCAUGAGGCCCAGGAACCCGAGUCCUUCUCAGCCUGGUCGGACCGCCUGGCCCGGGAGCAUGCCCAGAAGCGGCAGCGGCAGCAGCAGCGGGAGACCGAGGGAGCCUGCAGAUCCCAGCGGGCUGAGGGUUGCAGCCGCAGUUGGCGACAGCAGGAGGAGGAGCAGCGGCUCUUCCGAGAGCGAGCCCAGGCCAAGGAGGAGGAGCUUCGCGAGAGCAGAGCCAGAAGGGCCCAGGAAGCUCCAGGGGACCAGGGCCCAGAGCCAGCCAGGGCUGGGCCCAGGGCCGAGCACACCAGAGGGACAGGGAGGGGCAGCCUCUGGCGCUUUGGUGAUGUGCCUUGGCCCUGCCCUGGGGGAGGGGACCCAGAGGCCAUGGCUGCAGCCCUGGUGGCGAGGGGCCCCCCCCUGGAGGAGCAGGGGGCUCUGAGGAGGUACUUGAGGGUCCAGCAGGUGCGCUGGCACCCUGACCGCUUCCUGCAGCGUUUUCGGAGCCAGAUUGAAACCUGGGAGCUGGGUCGUGUGAUGGGGACUGUGACAGCUCUUUCCCAGGCCCUGAAUCGCCAUGCGGAGGCCCUCAAGUGACCCCUGGACGGCUCAAGGAACGGCGGGGAUGCAGCCUCAGGGGUGGGGUGGAAGGAAGAGUAAGGCCCAGGGUGGGGAAGGCCAGGAUGAGGCAGAUGCCACACAGUGGAUAGAGGAGGGAGUGAAACCUGUAACCGGCGGCAGCGGCUGGCACAGGGCAUGCAGCCGCCACCCCUGCUCCUUGCCUCUGCCCUUUCCUAACAAGACCGAGUUCCACAUCA